ACUAUUAUCUACUUCUCCAUUUUUCUCUUUAAUAAAAAUAAUAAUUUUUGCUCUCCCUUUUUAUUUUUAUUUUUAUUUUUAUCAUAUAGUUUUUUAAUCAUUUUUGUUCACCAAAAUUCUUCUUCUUUGGCUCAUAAAACUGUCACCAAAUCAAUCUUUGAAUCCAAAAUUCAUUUCUUUUCUUGCAUUUUUAACCAAGUUGGUGACACUUAAUAGUAGUUUGUACUCAAUGGGGUUGUUACAAAUUUAGAUUCUUGCAUUCACUCUUAAGCUUUCUUCUGUUUUCUUUAUUGUUGUUUGUCUUUCUCUCCACCUUCAUUUCUAAAAAAGACUACUUUAUCUUUAUUUAGCUUUUCUAUGUUUGUUUGUUUUCAUCUGUUAUUAAAUUCACCGUCUUGGGUCUUUUCCUGUUUUUUCUUUCAGUUUUGAAUCUUUUGCUUUGUGGGGUUUUCUUAUUUUGUUGAUUCUUGAAGUUCUUGGGAACUGUUACUUCAGAUGGGGUUCUUUCAGUUGUGGGGUUUUGUAGAACUUUAGUUGAGUACUUGAGUGUGUUUCUUGUAGUAAAAAAGAUGAGAACUUGUGUUGUGUUGAGAGUUUUAGUUACUGUUGGACUACUUUUUAUUGUGAUCUGUGAUGCUUUUCCAGCAAAUGAAGUUUAUGCUCUCAAUACUUUCAAGGAAGCUAUAUAUGAAGACCCUCAUCUGGUUUUGUCAAAUUGGAAUGCCUUAGAUUCAGCUCCUUGUGGUUGGGCUGGAAUCUUUUGUUCUAUGGCUCAAGAUCAUGUCAUAAAAAUUAACAUUUCUGGCGCUUCGUUGAAGGGAUUUCUUUCACCCAACUUGCAUCUACUCUCCUCUUUGCAAGAACUAAUUUUGCAUGGAAAUCUGCUAAUUGGUACAAUUCCUAAGGAGAUUGGCCUGUUGAAAAACCUGAAGGUCUUGGAUUUGGGUGCUAAUCAGUUAACAGGACCAAUUCCUCCCCAACUUGGCAAUUUGGCAAACAUUAUGAAAAUAAACUUACAAUCUAAUGGAUUAAUGGGGAAAUUGCCUGCUGAGCUUGGUAAUUUGAAAUACCUUGAGGAACUUCGGUUGGACAGGAACAAACUCCAAGGACUAGUGCCUGCUAAUAAUGGAUCAGAUUUUACCUCCAGUGUUCAUGGAAUGUAUGCCUCUGGUGCCAGCCCUAUGGGUUUUUGUCGCACAUCCCAGCUCAAGGUUGCUGAUUUCUCGUUCAACUUUCUUAUUGGAAGCAUUCCAAAGUGUUUGGGUUACCUUCCAAAAUCUAGCUUUCAAGGGAACUGCCUUCAGCACAAAGAUCCGAAGCAGCGCGCUGCUGCUCUAUGUGGUGGUACUCCACCUCCCACUAACCAUGCAUCAGCAAUCAAGAACAAGCACCCUGUUGCAGAGCCGAGACAUCAGGCUGCUUCAUCUUCUUCCAAGCCCACUUGGCUUGUGGCUUUAGAAGUGGUAACAGCAGUUAUGGUGGGAUCUCUCUUCAUCGUGGGUCUUGUGACCGGCCUUCAGAAGCUUAAGAAUAAGUCCUCCAUCAUACCUUGGAAGAAAUCAGGAAGUGACAAAGAUCAUAUGACAAUUUAUGUAGAUACCGGUAUGCUGAAAGAUGUCGUAAGAUACAGCAGACAAGAACUUGAGGUAGCUUGUGAAGACUUCAGCAACAUCAUUGGAUCUUCACCAGAUAGCGUAGUUUACAAAGGAACCAUGAAAGGUGGACCUGAAAUCGCUGUAAUUUCUCUUUGCGUCAAAGAAGAUCACUGGACAGCCUAUCUUGAACUUUAUUUUCAGAAAGAGGUGGCAGAAUUGGCCAGAAUAAAUCACGAGAAUGCUGGGAAACUUCUAGGAUAUUGCAGAGAGAGUAGUCCCUUUACGAGGAUGUUGGUGUUUGAAUAUGCAUCUAAUGGGACAUUAUAUGAACACCUUCAUUAUGGGGAAGGAUGCCAACUAUCUUGGACACGCCGGAUGAAAAUAGUUAUUGGCAUCGCUAAGGGACUGACGUAUUUCCAUUCAGAACUUGACCCUCCAUUUACUAUAUCAGAACUAAAUUCAAAUUCUGUAUAUCUCACAGAGGAUUUUUCUCCUAAGCUUGUUGAUUUUGAAAGUUGGAAGUCGAUAAUUUCCAGAUCAGAAAAGAACUCCGGUGCUAUCAGUAGUGAAGGAGCCAUAUGUGUCCUUCCAAAUACUCUAGAGAGCCGUCAUCUUGACGUCCAGGGUAACAUUUAUGCAUUUGGAGUAUUGCUACUGGAAAUAAUCAGUGGGAGGCCUCCAUAUUGCAAAGAUAAAGGGUGCUUAAUAGAUUGGGCUAAGGAAUUCCUUGAAGUGCCUGAGGUAUUAUCCUGCGUGGUUGAUCCGGAGUUGAAACAUUUCAAACAGGAAGACCUCAAGGUGAUAUGUGAGGUGAUCAACCUUUGCAUCCACCCGAGUACUAGUAGGAGGACUUCCAUGAAGGACCUGUGUGCUAUCUUGGAGAGCAACAUCGACACUUCUAUCACUGCGGAGCUCAAGGCAUCUUCUUUGGCGUGGGCUGAGCUUGCGCUUUCAUCCUAACUGACUGAAAGCUAACAGUAUAUAUAUCAGAAAUAUGUAGUUGUCUACCCCUUUCACCCUUUUUUGACCUCUCGGUUUUCGUUCCCAAUGUGUUCUGGAGUGAUGGUUGGUUGAUUUCAUGUAAAUGUUGAGUCUCUAGGAAAAAGUAGAGUUGUAAGAGAUUCUACUGUUGAUUCUUUGUAAGCAAGUGGUGCUUUAUUAAAAUGAAUGAGUGUUCAUAGUG